UGCUUCUUUCUGCAAUCCCAACGACCUGUACGGUGAGAUUCCUGGUGUUAAGAGUUUGUGAAAAACAGGUUGACUACACUGCCGGUCUCAGCUUCAGGCGCCGCCGCUCCCGGAGGAGCUUCCAGCACAGUGAUGGGGUCUCGGGCCUCCACGUUACUGAGGGACGAAGAGCUCGAGGAGAUCAAGAAGGAGACUGGCUUUUCCCACAGUCAGAUCACUCGUCUCUACAGCCGAUUCACCAGCCUGGACAAAGGAGAGAAUGGGACUCUCAGCCGUGAAGAUUUCCAGAGGAUUCCAGAACUUGCCAUCAACCCAUUGGGGGACCGGAUCAUUAAUGCCUUCUUUCCAGAGGGAGAGGACCAGGUAAACUUCCGUGGAUUCAUGAGAACUUUGGCUCAUUUCCGACCCAUUGAGGACAAUGAAAAGAGCAAAGAUGUGAAUGGACCAGAACCACUCAACAGCCGAAGCAACAAACUGCACUUUGCUUUUCGACUGUAUGAUCUGGAUAAAGAUGACAAGAUCUCCCGUGAUGAGCUGUUACAGGUGCUACGCAUGAUGGUUGGAGUGAAUAUCUCAGAUGAGCAGCUGGGCAGCAUUGCAGACAGGACCAUCCAAGAGGCUGACCAGGAUGGGGACAGUGCUAUAUCUUUCACAGAAUUUGUUAAGGUUUUGGAGAAGGUGGAUGUAGAACAGAAAAUGAGCAUCCGAUUUCUUCACUAAAGGACAGAGACCAAACUGUUCCUUGCUUUCUAGUAUUUAAGAACUGGAACUUUAGAGUCCUCCUGUCCACCAACCCCACCUCCACCCCUUCAUUCUCCUUCUCCCAGAAUACUACUGCUGUUGCAUGACAACCCCAAAUAUGUUCUGUGUACACAAAACUGCCUUUGGUGUAUAAACAGGGCAUUACAGAAUGGUACAUCCAGUCUAUUUCUCUUCAGUAUCCAUCUACCAGUUCUCCAUUUAUAAAUACCAUGUUCCCCUGUUCUGCUGCUCAAUGCCACACAUCCAUCCAGUUUGAGAAAGAGAUGGAAUCAUGCCAAGAACCAGCCAGCAAAACUCUAACUGGAUGUAGACUCCCUUCAGCGAGGUUUAGCAUGCUCCUACUUCCUUCUUAUAUGUCCUUUGCUUCUUAUUUCCCUGUCACACAACUUACCUCCACUUAGUCUUUCAGCCUCCCUGCUUUUUAUUGAGCCUCAAAAUUCCCUGUGUUCCUCUUAGCACCCCAAACUAUGCCUGUUAAAUGUAUUUCUGACUAGGCAGGAUAGUUCAGUGGUCUGGCAGUUUUUAUCUACCUUCACUCUUAAAUGAGUACCUAGGAUGUUACCUUUCCAGGAGCUUUUUGGUAAUCAACACUUCUCUUGGAAGAAUGUGACCCUUUCUUGAUCCUCUGCACUGCUCUGUCAUCAAAGGGUGGAGAUAUCCUUCUUGGAAACUGGCCUUGGUGAAAACAUUUCAUAGUUUGUGAAGAUAUAGAGAAGAAAUUGAUAACUAAAAAGUGUAGAGCCACCUGUUUUGUGUGGGUUACUCAGAUUGCUCUGCCUCUGCCCUCUGAUUCUCGACUUAUGUACCUACACGGCUUUUCCUAUGAGUGCAGUGUUCACUAUUCAGAAAAUAUUCAUAUGCCUACAGGUCUGCUUAGCUUUGGGACACUGUUGCUACCAGAAUAGCUGUUCUGACAGCAUUCUUAGGGACCUUUUCAUGACUUUUUGAACACGAUGGCUGGGCGUCUUAUAAAACCUGCUACAUUUACAUUCUGCAGCAUGGUUUAUGCCUCCUUGUUAGUGCACUGGAAUGUUUUUCACUUCACGUUUCCAAGUGGAAAGACUAUUGUUAUGGAAGUGCCUAACUUUUCCAAGUCCAGAAUAGUUAAAAAGAUGGUCCUCAGUGUUUUGAAGUUUUGCACAAAAUUAUUUAUGAACUUUACAAUUGGCAAAUGUUAAUGCUGGAAUCCAUAUUCAAUCCCAAUACACGUCCAAAGCAUUGAAUGUAUUGUGUCAUUAGCUGCCCGGUUGCAUUAUCUCCAUAGCUCCUUGUAUAGGCCACCACUGAUCCCUUAAAAACAAGGGGUCUGACCCUGGUAAGACAAUGUGAGGUGGCAUUACAGGACUUUGAGUGAGCCAGAGCAACUUCUCUGCCAAAGUCAGCUUAAUUAGACUUCAUUGAAUCUGGCCAUUGCCAUCCUAUGUAUGUCUGUGAGUCUAUUCAUUUAUCUCCCCCUGCCUCAUGUUGAAUUUAUAAUCCCCCUGACUCAUUGCUUGCUUGCUUGUUUCCUUGCUUCAGAAGGCUAUUCAAGAUGUGUUAACCAAUCUUUAGGAAGAGAAUUGCUAACAAAUAUUACUACAAAGGGAUGGAUAAAGGUGGGGAACAGGGGAGUGGCCAGGCUUGAUGGCUCAAGUAUAAAUGAAUGAGAAAUUCUUUAAGAAGUAUCAGUUUUGUGAUCAAGUGAUGUAAUAUAGGAAUAGUAAAAAAGGAAAGAAUUGUCUGUUACUGAUCGCUAGAGAGGUACUUCAGAGUCUCCUUGAUUUGCAUUUUUAAAGUUCCUAAGAUUAUGGCUUCCCCACUCCUUUGGCUGUAUAGCAAACUUUUAAUCCACAGUUGUGCCUUAUUGUCCUAUUACGGUUGUAUUCUUUGAUCCAUCAAUAAAUAUUUGUGGUUAAAACAAAACAA